GUCGUGACGUAACAACGUUGCGUCACCCUGGUAUGUUCAAAUGUAUAGAACUGUUAAAUAACAAUAAGGAAAGAAUAGUAAGACAAUUGUGUAUUGUUUUAAAGCCUUUGAAAAAAAGAAACAUAAUUUUGUACAAUUAGGUUUUCCCUGCAUGUGAAUGUGAAUGCCCUGGGUGUGUGAAGACAAGUGACUUCUCGGUGUUCACAGUGCCAUCUCGGUCAGCGUGCUAUGGAGAGAGAGAGCCAGGACCGGGUGGACACGGACGGGAUGAAAGUUGAAAAAAACCUGGGUGUGAGAGGACAAGACUUAGUGACUUCUCGGUGUUCUCAGUGCGAUCUCGGCCAGCGUGCUAUGGAGAGAGAGAGCCAGGACCGGGUGAACACGGACGGGAGGAAAGUUGAAAGAAACAUGUCUCAAAGCAGAUGGAUUGUGCUUCUAGCUGUCGUUAUGUUCCUGGGGGGCAUCGCUGUUUUAGUGGUCGGAAUCGUCCUCGGUGUCAGGGCAACAGAAGUACAAAAAGCCGGCUGCCAAUCGUCUGGAAAGAAGGAGGAGCUAAUCACGACCCUGUCACCCGUGCCCGGCCCGACAGCUUCCGUCUCCAUAGAAGGCCACUAUCGUUACGCUGCGGUGGCUACAGACACUCAGAUAUGUUCGACUGUCGGGACAGACAUUAUGGGACGUAAGGGUGGAUCGGUUGUGGACGCCGCCAUUGCUACGCUGCUGUGUGUGGGCGCUGCCAACCUGAUGAGUAACGGUAUAGGAGGUGGACACUUCAUGACUAUUUACUUGAGGAAUUCCAGCAAAGUGUACACUAUCAUUGCUCGCGAGAUGGCGCCAGCAGCGGCUACAGAGAACAUGUAUAUCGGACUCAAAGGCUACAAUAACGCAGUAGAAGGAGGCUUAGCUAUAGGCGUACCGGGUGAGGUGAUGGGCAUAUGGCAAGCCUAUAAACUGGGCGGCUCCCUCCCAUGGGCGGAUCUGUUCGAGCCGACUAUUAGACUGUGUGAAGAAGGUAUUCCCCUAAAUCUGCUGACCAAUCCGGACACCAAUGAAUAUUACAAAGUCGGGGAAAAGAUGAAACGACCCAGAUAUGCCGAAACGUUACGUGUACUCGCACGAGAAGGCCACACGUCGUUUUAUAACGGAAGUCUGAUGCGAAAGAUUGUCAAAGAAAUCAGAGAUGCCGGCGGAAUAGUCACAGAAGACGACAUGAAGAACUAUUUUGCGGCGGUGAAGGAACCAAUCGUCUUGACUUUGAGGAACAAUAUGAAAGUGUAUUCUCCUCCACCGCCAUCUAGCGGCGUGGUGUUCCACUACAUCCUCAACAUAUUAAGAGGUUACAACUUCUCCCCGUAUGACGUCAUGACGACAGAAAAGUCUAUCUUGACCUACCACCGUAUCACGGAGGCGUUCAAAUUUGCAUACGCCAAAAGAACCGCUUUAGGAGAUGGUGACGGCGAGGACCAGACGUUUAGAGAUAACUUGAACAGUCUUGUUGAGAACAUGACGUCUACAGAUUUCGGUGACCAUAUUAGAAGUUUGAUCACUGACGACCGGACCCAUGGGUCCAUGUACUACGGCCCCACUUUGUAUAACCCGGAUGAUGCGGGGACUGUUCACAUGUCGCUGCUGGCGCCAAACGGAGACGCUGUCGCCAUCACGUCUACCAUCAACCUUUUCUAUGGGUCUAAAGUUGUGGGCAAUGAGACUGGGAUUGUGUAUAACGAUGAGAUGGACGACUUCUCGACUCCCAACACCACCAACUCGUUCGGCGUGCCCGCAUCGCCCGCCAACUUCAUCAAGCCACACAAGCGCCCUCUGUCGUCCAUGUGUCCAUCAAUAGCUGUCGAUCGAGACGGUCACGUGACGCUCAUCAUUGGGGCGUCGGGCGGGACGAAAAUAACAACAGCGACAGCGUUGGUGACGAUGAACACUCUCUGGUUUAACAAAGGCAUCAAGGAAUCCAUCGACUAUCCCAGAAUCCAUCACCAGCUUUACCCACAAUCCCUGCGUGUCCAGCGUGGAUUCCCCCAGGACAUAAUCGAAGGCUUAAAGAAGAAAGGUCAUGACAUCGACCUCCAGACGAGUGCUUCAUGUAUAGUCCAAGGCAUUCUGCAAACAAAGGAGGGAUUUAUCUCCGCAAAUUCGGACUAUGCAAAACAUGGCAUUCCAGACGGAUAUUAGGCGUCAGUUGGGGAAAUUUUCUUCUUUUUAUACAGAAUAAAUAUUUUCAUAAACUUCAA